AAAAUAAACAAACAAAUAAAGAAAUGUUGUAAACCACUAUUGUCAAACUUUUCAUAUGACCUUUGAAAAUACAACCCUCUUCUUAAAGUGGUCUCGUCCAAAAGAGGUCAAUUAGCAGACGAAAAACUAGGUGGGUUUUGGGCUUUCUUCCUCGGAUGUGUAACAGACGUCUUCACACAGCUUUCCUAGAAUUCUAGAGUACUAGCUGAGAAACGCAUCCGGAUAAAAGACGAGAAUGGGUCGGAAUGGGCGAGCCGUGAGCGCCAUACUUCUGCUAUCUGUCGCAAGCGCAGUUUUACACAUACAUCUAAUGCAGAAGAGAGUGAGAAACCUGGAACAUCGCUUCUCACAGCUGCAGACAGAUGGUGAUGAAAUUGCAGGUAAAGAGGCGGUGCUAGAAGCGACACGGCUAAAACGGGAAAAAACUCGUUUGGUUCAGAAAUCCUACCGGGCCACCGGCGAAGUGCAGCAUCGAAGAGGACCCCUUGUAGAACAUGAGCUUCGAACGGCGAAUUCUAAAGAAGACAAGCUUCGAACGGCGAAUUCUAAAGAAGACAAGCUUCGAACGGCGAAUUCUAAAGAAGACAAGCUUCGAACGGCGAAGUCUAAAAAAGACAAGCUUCGAACGGCGAAGUCUAUAGAACACGAGCAACGAAUUGCAGGUUCUAUAGAACACGAGCAUCGAAUGGCAGGUUCCAUAGAAUCUAAGUUGGGCCAGGAUGUCAUUCAGACAGCAUCAGAAGACACACAGCGAGAUGACUAUAACAAAUUGGUCGAAAGGGUUCUUCUCAGGCUUACGACAGUACCAGACAAAGGAUCUGAGACUGGUGUAGUCAACCCACACCCGUACUCCUUUGUUAUCAACAAUCCCGGCAAGUGCGAGAAUCAGGACGUCUUCCUGCUGAUCUUGGUGACGUCAGUGGUAGAGAACAUGAGACAGCGGAACGGCAUCAGGCAGACCUGGGGGAAGGAAUCCAACAUGGCCGGGCUAGGCAUCAAAACUGUCUUCGCGAUAGGCAAGACGGGCGAUGUGGCCAAGCAGACAGCUCUGGAGGAAGAGAACCGAAUUUACAGAGACAUCAUCCAGGAAGACUUUGACGACACGCACCGCAAUGCAACUCUGAAGACGAUCAUGUGUCUGAGAUGGGCCUCCCAGUUCUGUGCUAAUGCGGAAUUUGUGCUGAAAGCUACGGAUAACACUUUCGUGAACCGGAUUCCCUUCAUGAACUAUCUACAGGGUCUACAGAAUAGAAACAUUAAAGGGUUGUUAAUGGGUUAUACAUACAGCGGGACGAAACCACUUCGAGAUCCCUUUUUCAUACCUAAGUGGUACGUCAGCGAAGAUGAUUUUCCGAGAGAUGUGUAUCCUAAAUACACUGCUGGCUUCGCUUUCGUGAUUUCAAACGACAUCAUAAGGCCUUUGUACGAGGUGUCGUUCAAGGUUAAGUACUUGUUCAUAGAGGAUGUAUAUGUUGGACUGUGUGCAGAGAAACUGGGUAUAGAUCCAACACAUCAUGAUGGUUUUUAUCCUAUAUUUGUAGAUGUUAACUACUGUGGUUUGGAUUGGCUAUUGGCGUCUCAUAGCGUAACGGAGCCAGAGUUAAUGACCAAGUUCUGGCUGAUUAUCAACGCUUGUCGCAGGCUGCCCCAAUAGUUUAUAUAUAUAUGUUUACCGUCACGGAAUAAAGCAUAUUGGAUAUAGAAGAAUUCUUUUCUACAACCAGUAGGUACUCUUUCGUUUCAAUGUCUCUCAGACAUCCUCCUCAGAGCUUCUGAAUGGAGUUCUGAUUCUCGCCGCUAUAAGUAACCGAUGUAGGUGGCGCUUUUGCAGAAGAGGAGAAGCAGAACUCGAGUCAGAAGCUUUGAGGAAGGUGUCUGAGAGACAUCAAAACGUAAGCCAAGUAAGUACCUACUGGUUGUGGAAAAGAAUUCUAUAUCCUACCACCCUAUAGCCUACCAAUUAUUUUCGGAAGAAAUUGAUGAAAAAUUGUUGUAACUUUCGGAAGAAACAUAUUGUUUUGCUCAGUUGCCACACUAGGGUAAGGCCUCUGAGUUUGUCCAAGACGCCAUGCCCUACGCUAGGCUUUGUCUAGUAAAAUAUAAAGCAGAUGUAGAUGUUUCUUCCAAAUGAACAAGGUCAAUGACCUGGGCCAGACGGUUGUUGCCAUGGUUACUGAAGAUCACGGUAGCAGACGCCCUGUGACGUUCGUUUACAUGUAGCAGGUGGCAGGACAGAGCUUGAGGGGCUGGUCUUCGUAUACUAGUACUUGAAUGUGUUUUAGUAAGAAAAAUCAGAACAGUAGUUUGUUAGGCUGGACCAUGAGAUGAUAGACAUUAUGCAUUUGCUUGCAAAUGCUGCCUUUCUCGUGUUAUGGUUGCAACAUCAAUUACAGCUAUGUUCGUAUGAAAAGGAGCAGUGUUUAUGUUUCUCUGGAAAUUAUUUUGCUGUCUAUGAAGUGCAACAAUGUGAAAAUCAGCAAAAAUUUUAAAGAAUCGAUUACGGUAACUUAAUCAACAUGAUUUGCUGGUGUAUUAUUCUGAAUGGUAAUACAGAUAAAUGCACAGAACAUUUUGGGAUUAUUUGCGAUAAAAUCUACACACAAUCAUAUAUCGAGUACAAUGUUUUAACAACUGAGCUCUUAGAUUCUAAUAAAUAGACAAAUAUACCAAGGAA